GCACUGAGGGUUUAGCGAGGAGGAAAUUAUUCCCCCAUGUUAGAUCGUGCAUGAGUUGUAUUGAAUUUAAUGGAACCGACUUACAUUGCACCAGAGUAAAUGUCUUCUCCAGCUCAAACAGACGAAGAUGAGGUGGAGGAAGUGGAGUUUGUAUCAGAGGGCCCUCUUAGGCCAGUAUUGGAAUGUAUUGAUCUGCUGAGUGAUAGUGAGGAUGAGGGAUGUUCAUCUUUAUCAGGAGUGAUCGAAGAUAAAAUCACCCGUCACAAAGCACGUGUUACAUCUACACUGGACAAACUAGCACAGCAGGUGGCACUAGAGAAAAAGGAACGAGCAGAUAAGUGUAGAGCAUUCAAGGAGAAGCAGAUCUUACAGAAAGCUCAUGGACAGCAGGAGUUGGCUUUUAGUUCUGAAAAUGGGGUGAAUCAGGAAGCAAAGCGCUGUGUAGACAUGUGGUUAAAGAUGCCAGGUCUUCAACCUGGAGUGAUCAGUGCUCGUUCUGGAGGAAGGCGCAGACCUGCUUCUUUCCCCAGAAAUAGCUCAUCUACACACACUUGUCCAGUGAUUAACUGUGGUCGAGUUUAUGACAACGCAUCCCUCCUCGAUGGGCACUUAAAAAGGUUUGAUCAUUCCCCUUGUGAUCCAGCUAUCAGUCUGAAGGGAAGUCCAUCUGAGCUCUUUGCCUGUGUUGCCUGUGGUCAACAUUUUCAAACCAAAGAAGCAUGGAGGAAACAUCUUGAGACUAAGGUGUCCUCAUCUACUGCUGAUGCUCACAGCAUCACUCAGACCUAUCAGCGGAUUGUGUGUUUUGCCUGUCCUGCCUGCUACCUCCUCUUCAACCUCCGAGAUGAGUGUCUUCAGCACAUGUCAGCCAAAAACCACUUCACAGAGGCACUUGUUAUGAAUGAACCCAGAGGAAGAGCACUUCCAGUUCCUGUUCCGCAGUAUGCCAAGAGCCGUCUGAUUGCUCUGUGCAAGGAAAUAGCAUUCAAUGUCCGAUGCUCUUUGUGCCACAAAGUACUAGUCUCACAUCAGGCAGCUCAAGCUCACUUUAACGUGUACUGCAGACAGGGCUGUGCUGUAGCCAAGGCUGAUAAAACAACAGUUCAAGUGAUGAAACAGCUGCAAGUCAGAGGGCAGUGCUCCCUGUGCUGUAAAAUCUUCCUCAGCCAAGCUGAAAUUGAGAGACACAAAGAAUCGACCCAGCACGAUGUGGAGGUCAACCAAACAAUGGAGAAAGCACUUCUUCAGUACUGCAGCUUUGGUGAAAUUCAACGCACCCAGAAGGCAAAAGAGGCACAGGGGAAAAGAAAGGCCACUGGCCUUGAAACAUCUUUUCAAGAAAGAAAGCAGAGGAAAAGUGAUGGUGAAAAAUAUCCAUCCAAACGGCAGAGACUUAGCCUGAGUAUGAAUGGCAGCACUAGCACAAACUCAGCAACAGCGUGGUACUGCGAGUGCGGUCUACCGUUCUCAGAGGAGGCCUCAGCCAGUAAGCAUCUCUUGGCAGUGAACCAGAUUUUCCAUCAGUGUGGCGUGUGUGGCAAACACAUGGGAGAGUCUUCAAUUACCCGCCUGCAUAUGAGCCGCUUUCACGGGGGAGCUCAUCUCUCCAACUUCCUCUUCUACUGCCGCAAGUGCAAAGUGGAAAUGCCUCGGUAUGAAGAUAUCCUGUCGCACGUAUCAGAAGCUCACAGCGGACACACCUACUUCACUGAACAAGAAGUGUCUGAGGAGGUGGCCUCAGUCAUCGAUGCCAAGCCUUCCACCAGCAACCACAUCCCCCUACAUUCAUCCUCAAAGUCCACAGUCCAGCAGAACACGGUAGAGCCGUCCUCUUCAAAAGCAGAACAGACUUGGAUGUGCAGGAUGUGCGAGGACGUCUUUGACUCAGAGGCGGCCGUCCACAAACACUGCAGUGAUGUGAGCAGUCACAGCUUUCAGAGGUUCAUAUGUGGACACUGUCCUCAGAAGUUCUUUAAAGAGUCCACUGUACGUAGACACUGUCUGAAUGAGCACAAUGGGCAGAUAAAGAGCUCCCACUUCUGCGGCCUCUGCGACAGCAUGCAGUUUGAAUCCGAAGGCGAAUUCUUGGAGCACUACAAGAGUCUUCACAGUAAAGACUACUACUGUAUGGAUGAUGUUGAAGUUGUUCAGCCUGCUGUUACCGAAAGCACCAGCCAGCUAACAUGCCCAUGCAUGGGUUCGGAAAAGAGCAAAGAGGAAAUGAAAGCUACGUAUACGCAGUGCAUGAGGAAUCUGGCUGCUGAGGGAAAAUGUCAGUAUGUGUGUGCUCCUUGUGAUGUGUCUUUGCCUUCCUACGCACAGAUGAAGACUCACGUCCACACAAAACACGCAGCCUUGAACCUGGACAAGACCUUUGAUGUAGAAUGCAGAUUUUGCCAGGAGAGUUUCAUGGGUGUUCCGAGUUUCCAUAAACACUAUCACUCCCGACACUGUACACUGGAACCCUGCGUGAGCUCCAGGUCCAGCAAGAAAGAUGUGAAAGCAGAACCCACCACUGUAAAAAUCCUCGAUGCUGUGGAGGUAGAACCAGACAACAAUGGUGAAGAUUUGAACAUCUAUCAAGACAGAAAAGAGAGUGAAGCAAAUGAAAGUGACUCAGAUGACGAGAUGAAGCAGGCAUUGUCUUUGAUUGAAGGAGAAGCAAGAGAGUCAGCAGACUUGCAAGAAGCUCUUAAAAGAAGCCUUCUGGAAUUCUAAUGAUUUGAAAGUGUUUUGUGAUGCACAGUUCAUCACACAUAAUUGAAAUGUUUUGUACAAGGUAAUUGUGUUAAGAAUAUGUUCAAUAAAUGUU